GGAGUUGGAGUAAACAGAGGGCUUGGAGCUCCUGGAUAAGGCUGAAAGGGUUUGUGCAGUUGUGACGGCUGUCAGUCUUCCACGCCAUUGCUGCCACCAUGUCGGAGCGGGAGGAACGUCGCUUUGUGGAGAUCCCACGGGAAUCGGUUCGACUGAUGGCGGAGAGCACUGGUGUGGAGUUGACAGAUGAAGUGGCUGCUCUGUUGGCUGAGGACGUCUGUUACCGCCUGCGAGAAGCAACUCAGAACAGUUCCCAGUUCAUGAAGCACACCAAACGCCGGAAGCUGACGGUGGAAGACUUUAACCGAGCGCUGCGCUGGAGCAACGUGGAGGCAGUGUGCGGCUACGGCUCUCAGGAGGCCCUCCCUUUCCGUACCCUUAAGGAAGGAGAACUUUAUUUCCAGGAGGAUCGCGAAGUGAACUUGGUGGAGCUGGCUCUGGAAACCAGCAUCCCCCAGGGCUGUGCCGAGACAGCCGUGAGGGUUCAUGUUUCUUACCUGGAUGGAAAAGGGAACCUGGAACCUCAAGGAUCUGUGCCUAGUGCUGUCUCGGCAUUGACAGAUGACCUGCAGAAGUAUUACCAGCACAUGACCCGGGCUGUGCUAGGGGAUGACCCCCACCUGAUGAAGGUAGCCGUGGAGCGCCUGUUGAAGAUGAAGGCGCAGUCUGUUUCGGCACCAAUCCAGGCAGAGGGUGCAGGGGGGGAGGGGCGUGCAAGGGAGGGCUACCCCUGGCUCAGCCCCCUCCAGGACCCCCAAGUGGAGUUUGGCUUUGGCAUCGCCAGCCACCUGCUACAGCUGGGCAGCGGAGGUCCCCAGGCGGGUGUGGGCAUCUCCGCCAACCCACCCGCCGUCUCUCUGAACGAGAUUUACCAGGAACUCUACUAUUUCUUUGGGGAUAGCUUGGCCACCCGCUUUGGCACAGGCUCUGGGCUGUGUCCCGUAGAACCGGUGCCUGCCAGCACUCCCAAGGUGGUGGACGCCAAGAAAGAACAGCCGGCCUUUGGGACAGGGGAUGCAGUGCGAAAGAUGCCCCAGCUGACUGCAAACGCCACGGUUAGCCCGCGGGAGGAGGAGAGCCCUCGGGGAGACUUCUCAACCAGCCGGCCACCCUUGCACCGUUCGGCCAGCCUGGCCCGGUCCCGCAGCACCUCCCGCCAGCAGGGGCACCGGCCCGGCAUCCGGGACGUCUUCCAGAAGUGCCGCUUCUCCCCCCAAGGGGCUCCCCGUUUCAGCUUUGUGAUCGCCGGGCGCCAGGUGGAGCGGCGCUGCCAGGGCCGCCUCUUCCAGACCUGCUUCCUCCAGCACCACGGCCCCAGCCCCGUCUCCCGCUACGCCCAGAAGCUGCCCAUGAUCGGGAGAACCACCAAGCCCGCGAAGAAGUGGGCCCAUUCGGAGUACUCACUCUACCUGCCUCUCUGAGGGGCAGCCCACGUGUG